AUGGUCACUUGUUCAAACAAAGGACUCGGAUCUCUUGGAUCCAAUUAUUCCGUUUUCACAGUUCUAAUUAAUAUCUGGAACAAUCCAGAAACGUCUGUGCUCAUCACCAGAACCUAUAAAUACGUCCCCACCUUCUUUCUUUACAUAACAGCAAAGUUUCUGUUUCCAACUGCGUUGUGUAUUCGUUCUCUCUAUUUUCCGAUCCGACUUAGUUUCGUGAAAUUGUCUGUGAGAAUGACCGGAAAAAGUGAAGGUCCGGCGAUUGGAAUCGAUCUCGGAACCACGUACUCAUGUGUUGGGGUAUGGCAACACGACCGCGUUGAGAUCAUCGCGAAUGAUCAGGGUAACAGGACGACGCCCUCUUAUGUUGCUUUUACCGAUAGCGAGCGUCUCAUUGGUGAUGCUGCUAAGAACCAGGUCGCCAUGAACCCGAUGAACACGGUCUUCGACGCAAAGCGACUAAUUGGUAGGAGAUUCAGUGAUGCAUCUGUGCAAGACGACAUGAAAUUAUGGCCAUUCAAAAUUACACCAGGGCCUGGAGAGAAACCAAUGAUCGGUGUCAAUUACAAAGGGGAAAACAAGCAAUUUGCAGCUGAAGAGAUCUCUUCCAUGGUGCUCAUCAAAAUGCACGAGAUUUCCGAAGCUUUCGUUGGUUCAUCUGUCAAAAACGCAGUAAUCACCGUUCCUGCUUACUUCAAUGAUUCCCAACGCCAGGCCACCAAAGACGCCGGAGCUAUCGCUGGUUUAAACGUGAUGCGUAUCAUCAACGAACCCACUGCUGCAGCCAUCGCUUACGGAUUAGAUAAGAAAGCCAGUAGCGUCGGAGAAAAGAAUGUGCUCAUUUUCGACCUUGGUGGUGGUACUUUUGAUGUCUCACUCCUCACAAUAGAAGAGGGGAUUUUCGAAGUAAAGUCCACAGCCGGCGACACACAUCUCGGCGGCGAGGAUUUUGACAACAGAAUGGUCAACCAUUUCGUUCAGGAAUUCAAAAGGAAACACAAAAAGGACAUCACCGGAAACCCUAGAGCUCUCAGAAGGCUAAGAACAGCUUGCGAAAGAGCAAAGAGAACCCUCUCAUCCACAGCUCAAACCACCAUUGAAAUCGAUUCGUUAUACGAAGGUGUUGACUUCUACUCGACCAUCACCCGUGCCAGAUUCGAAGAGCUCAACAUGGAUCUCUUCCGAAAAUGUAUGGAUCCCGUCGAGAAAUGCUUACGAGACGCUAAAAUGGAUAAACGAAGCGUCGAUGACAUCGUUCUCGUCGGCGGAUCAACACGAAUCCCAAAAGUCCAACAGUUGUUACAGGAUUUCUUCAGCGGGAAGGAGCUUUGCAAGAGUAUAAAUCCCGAUGAAGCGGUGGCAUACGGCGCUGCAGUUCAGGCGGCGAUUUUGAGCGGCGAAGGUAACGAAAAGGUACAAGAUCUUCUUCUUCUCGACGUCACUCCUCUCUCACUCGGUCUAGAAACCGCCGGCGGAGUCAUGACAGUUUUGAUUCCGAGAAACACGACGAUUCCGACGAAGAAAGAACAGGUUUUCUCAACUUACUCCGAUAACCAACCCGGCGUUUUGAUUCAAGUUUACGAAGGAGAAAGAACAAGAACAAGGGAUAACAAUCUGUUAGGGAAAUUUGAACUUUCCGGCAUCCCUCCGGCGCCUCGAGGUGUCCCUCAGAUUUCUGUUUGUUUCGAUAUUGAUGCAAACGGGAUCCUUAACGUUUCUGCAGAAGAUAAAGUCGGGGGAAAGAAGAACAAGAUUACGAUUACAAAUGAUAAAGGGAGAUUAUCGAAAGAUGAGAUUGAAAAAAUGGUGCAGGAAGCUGAGAAAUAUAAAGCUGAAGAUGAAGAGCAUAAGAAGAAAGUAGAAGCUAAAAACGCUUUGGAAAACUAUUCGUAUAAUAUGAGGAACACCAUUAGUGACGAGAAGGUUGCUUCAAAGAUUCCGGCGAGUGAUAAGAAGAAGAUAGAGGAUGCAAUCGAUCAAACGAUUAGUUGGUUGGAUGCUAAUCAGUUGGCGGAGGUAGAUGAAUUUGAAGAUAAAAUGAAGGAGUUGGAGGGUAUUUGUAACCCGAUUAUUGCUAAGAUGUAUCAGGGCGGUGGUGGUGGUGGUGGUCCUGAGGCGGCGGCGGCUAACUCUGGCACAGCUCCGGCAGGUGGGCCGAAGAUUGAAGAAGUUGAUUAA